AUGGUGACCUACUACUUGAUGGUCUCCAGCAUGUAUCUGCACGACACGCUAGACGAGUCAAUUAUCACCGCUUGGUUCCCACUUCACUUCAUCCACGGCACGUCUUCGCAGCAUGCUACGGCGUUCUCCAUUGUCGGAAGCAGAGAAGAGGUGCUGGACGUGCUCCUCAAAGCGCAACUGAUGCUCGGAAGAGUCGUUCUGCUCACACAAGAUGAGUUUGGGCAUUGGCUGAGGAGCUUUGACAAUGACGCUCAAGACGCAGAAUGGCCAGACGUCGAGAGAGCCGGAGGUGCGGUAGUCACGCUGCGCUCUUGGUUGAUGCGGAUGCGUAGAGCCCAUGAGCGCGAUGCAGGUGACUUGGACGAGAAGGAUGAGGAAGAAGGGCUGGACGAUGAACAGUACGCUACAGCGACUUCGUCCGUAUUAGAGAACGAAGAUGACGACUUCAUGAUGGACCUCGACUCGAACGAUGACGAUGACGAUGACGUUGACGAUGACAUUGACAUUGACGAUGACAACGAUCGAGACCGAGACGAUGGUCGACUUUAUACGCAGGGGUUUCUCAGCGAGAAGAUACUGGAAGAGGUCCUUAUUGAGCUCUACGAAAGAAAUGGUUGGCCGCUUAGCUCUUCGUACGGAGCAAUCAUCUAA